CGGCGGGGCCGAGCGGGCGGCGGGGCCGCCAUGAAGCCGAGCGGAGAGGAGCCGGUGCUGCUGGCGGAGCUGAAGCCGGGCCGGCCCCAGCGCUACGAUUGGAAAUCCAGCUGCGAGACCUGGAGCGUCGCCUUCUCCCCCGAUGGAGCCUGGUUCGCCUGGUCCCAGGGACACUGCGUGGUCAAGCUGAUCCCGUGGCCCCUGGGGGAGGCCGAGCUCGGCUGCAAAACCUCGGAGCGCAAGAGCCGGGGCAGCAAAGCAGAGACUUGGAGCCAUGGGGCAGCCAAGGAGAAGACUCUGGAGUGUGGGCAGAUCGUGUGGGGCCUGGCCUUCAGUGCCUGGCCAGCAGCUGAGGAUGGGGACACAGAUCCUGCCUGUGCCGUGGGGCUUCCCUGCCUGGUCCUGGCCACUGGGCUCAAUGAUGGGCAGAUCAAGGUGUGGGAAGUGCAGACAGGGCACCUCCUCUUCAGCCUCCUGGGACACCAGGAUGUCGUCAGGGACCUGAGCUUUGCUCCCAAUGGAAGCCCCAUCCUCGUGUCGGCCUCGCGGGACAAGACCUUGCGCGUGUGGGACCUGAGCAGGGAUGGGCGGCAGGUCCAGGUGCUGUCGGGCCACGUGCAGUGGGUCUACUGCUGCUCCAUCUCCCCAGACUGCAGCAUGCUCUGCUCCGCCGCUGGCGAGAAGUCGGCACUGCUGUGGAGCAUGAGAUCCUACACCCUCAUCCGCAGGCUGGAGGGCCACCAGAGCAGCGUGGUGUCCUGUGACUUCUCCCCGGACUCUGCGCUCCUUGUCACCGCUUCCUACGACGCCUGUGUCAUCAUGUGGGACCCCUACACUGGGGAGCAGCUCAGGACACUGCGCCACGUCCCAUUGCACUCCACGCUGGAUUCCAGCGGUGAAAUCCACACCAGCUCCCUGCGCUCCGUCUGCUUCUCCCCCGAGGGGCUCUACCUGGCCACGGUGGCAGAUGACAGGCUCCUGAGGAUCUGGGCCUUGGAGCUGCGGUCUCCAGUGGCCUUUGCCCCCAUGACCAACGGUCUGUGCUGCAUGUACUUCCCACACGGAGGAUUCAUUGCCACAGGGACCAGGGAUGGCCACGUCCAGUUCUGGACAGCCCCGAGGGUCCUCUCGUCACUCAAGCACUUGUGCCGCAAAGCCCUGCGCACCUUCCUCACAACCUACCAGGUGCUGGCGCUGCCCAUUCCCAGGAAGCUGAAGGAAUUCCUCACUUACCGGACUUUUUAAGGCAGCAGGGAGAGCAGAGGCAAGAGGUGAGCCCUGGGGCUUGGCCCGGGCCGGUGGCGCCGCAGGAACGCCGAGCUGUGAGCCAGGAGCGUUGCUGCUCCCGUGGUUUUGGGGCUGUGGAGGGCUUUUUUGGUGUCAUAAUACAAAAACCCAGCAAAAUCCCAUGCAGAGAGCUGCGGUGGCCCUGCAGGGGACAUGGGUGGGACACAGGUCCCCCUGUCCCCUGCUGCCUGCUGGGUUGGGUCAGGUACUUCUGCUUCUGAGUGCAAUGGUGUGGGAUGACGGUGGAACAGCUGCUGUGGGAGCAGAGCUGUUGUCACCUGCACAAAUAUGGGGCUAAACCCCCCCAAAACACCCAGCUGGGAAUGUCCCUCCAUCCCGGUGGAGCGCGGGCUCUGCCGCUCUCCCGGCGCGGGCAGGAGCGGGGACAAGCCCGAGCAGGUCUCAAUCAAUAAAAAUUGAUUCCACAUGA